UGUGUUUCAUAUUUACUGCUCAGUCCUGAGACUUUACUUAACCAACAAAAAUAAAAAAGUAUCUGGACUGCAAGCGCCGCCCAAGAUGUUGGCCUUUGCCGUGUCAGCGUUAUUUUUCUUCCUCGAUUUGCCAAGUGUGGAAUUGUGUCCAGUACCCUGCGAAUGCACAGAACUCCGUGACCAUGGCUUCAGAGUUGACUGCAGCUCCAAACUUCUGAAGGAAAUUCCUGUUCUUCCUGAAAACACAAUUGAACUUUACCUACAGGAGAACCACCUCACCACUGUUGCUCCAGGCAAGUUUGACAAGCUUCAGAACCUGAGAAAGUUAAACCUUUCCUCCAAUCCAUGGAACUGUGAUUGCCACAUUGCAUACCUCAAACACUGGCUCGAAGAUCAAAAGCUCAUUUCUGAUUCAUCUGUCCUUUGUUCAACUCCUGCUGUAAUUAACGGCAAACAUAUAUUGAACCUAACCGGCAAUGAGUAUCCUGCCUGUAAGAACCAUGAAUUGAUCCUUUGUAAAUUAAUUAUUCACAGAAAUAUCGGUAUUUUUGCUGUAUCGUUGCUUGUUUUUCUUUUGUUAGCAUGUGCUGUUCACAUUGCAAAGCACUUGAGCUACCGAGUUUUCAUGGCAGAAUGCCCCUUAAGAUCAAACAGCCAACGGAAAAGUGGCAAAAAAAAAUAAUUUUGCAAAUAAAACAUUUUUUUCAUUAUUCUCUAUAAAGUACAACCCCUUAGAGAGCUACAAUUCUAGAUAAUAGAAACAUAUAAUCGUAUAAAAUAGGUGCAGGAGUAGGCCAUUCGGCCCUUCGAACCAGCGCCAUUCAAUAUGAUCAUGGCUGAUCAUCUAAAAUCAAUAGCCCAUUCAUGCUUUCUCCCCAUAUCCCUUGAUUCCCUUUGCCCUAAGAGCUAAAUAUAACUUUGUUUAGAAAUAAUGAAAGUUUGGUUAGAUGUAUAAUACUCAGAGGGCAAUGUGGGAGGGGCUUGAACUUUGAAAUCAUUGAGAAGAAGGGUCUUGACCCAAAACGUCAUCUAUUCCUUCUCUCCAUAGAAGCUGUCUGUCCCGCUGAGUUACUCCAGCUUUUUGUGUCUAUCUUCGGUUUAAACCAGCAUCUGCAGUUGGUUCCCACACAGGAAGAUAAACUAAUUUGCCUGUUUUAUUGCACAAAUGAUUUAUAAUGAAUUUCCAACUCUGCGUCUUUAUGCCUUUUGUUUGACUGCACCAUGUGUUCUACCUGAGACCUAUUCCCCAAACGGAUUACUCUGAAUUUCCAUACUCAAAUCCUCUGGUUCCCUGACUUUGCUUGUAGCUGCAGAAUCAAGCUCCCCAUCAUUUCAAAUCAUAUUCUUUCUCAGACGUCAGAGAUCCUCUCUAUCAGAAUGGGCAGCACGGCACUGCAGCGGUAGAGUUGCUGCCUUAUG